AUGGAUGCAAUCUUGGCGAUCCCACCUGUUACACGCAUCUUACUAGGUGGUAUCGGUAUUGUGUCGGUAUCAUGUGCACUGAACAUCAUUGGUCCGUAUGAUGUGGCUCUCCUCUGGCCGCAUGUGAAGCGCCACUACCAAGUGUGGCGUGUGGUGUCCUCAUUCAUGUAUGCUGGGAGCCGUAUGGACCUGGUGUUCAGAGUGUUGUUCUUCUAUAAUAUGUCGAGCACCUUGGAAAAAAUGGGGUAUGUGAACGAUACAGCAGACUACGCAUGGUCCACGAUGGGCAUAGCCGUGCUGAUUCUGAUGAUCAACUACGUGACAUCUUUUCCUUUGCUCUUCCAAGCAUUGUUGGGCUCGGUACUUAGUCAAUGGGCCAUCCAUUUACCCCACAUGCCAGUCUCGAUCUUCGGCCUGAUCCAGGUGCCGGGCGUCUAUGUGCCAGGGGCUAUGCUAUUUCUGGAAGCAAUUGUCGCAGGCCCCGAAGCUGCCAAAAUCAUGCUGGUAGGCGCAGUGGCUGCCUACGUAUGGCACUACAUUCGCUCCGCGCCUCGUGCGCCACGGUCGCGCAUCGACGCGCGUCUCGUGGCGUUCCUGGCCAAGUACGUGGCGCCAAGGCUAGCUACGCCGACAUGGUUCCGCGAGGCAUGUGGUGUUGUACGCGAACGAUCCACAGGGUACGGCACGGCCUUUGCUCCCUUACGACGAGGCAAAGCAACGACCACCACAGGCACCUCUUCCAGCCGCCGUUCAUGGCUGGGCCGUGGCACCUCCAGCCGCCCUGCCCAGCCGGAUCGCGAGUCGAUUCGACGUGCAACAGAGGCGCGAUUGCGAGCCAACAUGUCAUAG